GCCUGCCCGCUGCGCGCGGGGGAGGGGCGGCGCCUCUUAGCGCACGCGCGGACCGUUGCCGUCGCUGCCUCGGGAGGCGCCAUCUUGGGCCUGUGAGCGGCGGGCGGGCGGGCGGGCGGGGGGUGUCGGCGGCGCCGGGACUCACCCAGCGGGACCCAGCGGCGAGCGCCGCGCUGGUGGUGCAUCUCGGCCGCCAGCCCUUUUGGGGGGGCCUCGGCGGGAGGCGGGGCCGGCGGCCCGCCAUGGAGAACGAGUACUACGGCGGGGACCAGUCAGAUGAUGGUGGAGCUACUCCAGUGCAAGACGAGCGAGACUCAGGAUCUGAUGUUGAAGAUGAAGGAAAUGAGCAGCACUCUGGAUCUGAAAAUGGAAGUGUAGGGCACCAUUCAGAGAAUGAACACAGUGACGGAGAAGAUGAUGGGCAUCUGGGUGAGCCUCAGGUGACAGACUCUGAAAAUGAAGAUAUUCCAAGGCAAAAAGACAGUGACUCAGAGAAUGAGGAGCCUCCAAAUCACAAUGUCAGUGAUUCAGACAACGAAGCUGCUGAUGGAGGGAAGGACAGCGAUUCUGAUACCGAGGACCAUCCCAACCAGCACUUAAGUGACUCUGAAAAUGAGGAUGCCUUGAAUCAUCGAGCAAGUGACUCUGAAAAUGGAGAACCUCCCAGGGAUGCUAGCAGUGAUUUUGAAAAUGAGGAAUCCCACAAGCAGGUGGCCAGUGACUCAGAGGGUGAGGAGCUCCAAAAACAGCCAGCCAGCGACUCGGAGAGCGAGGAGCUCCCCAAGCAGGUGACCACUGACUCUGAGAGUGAGGAGCUCCACAAACAGCCUGCCAGUGACUCUGAGAGUGAGGAGCUCCACAAACAGCCUGCCAGUGACUCUGAGAGUGAGGAGCUCCAAAAACAGCCUGCCAGUGACUCUGAGAGUGAGGAGCUCCACAAGCAGCCUGCCAGUGAUUCGGAGAGUGAGGAGCUCCACAAACAGCCUGCCAGUGACUCUGAGAGUGAGGAUGUCUCCAGACACAAACAAGAAAUAGAAUCUGAGGAUAGUGAUGGGGAGGACAGAAAGGAGGAGUUGCAGAAUGAUUCUCAUCAUUCAGAUAAUGAACAUGUAACAGAAGGAUUUCAGGGCUCUGACAGUGAAGAUGAAGCUCCUAAGAGACGAAAAAUAUCAGACAGUGAUGAAGAGGAGAAGGAGGAGGAGAAGACAGUGAAGAGAAAAACUGCCAUCCUUUCAGACAGUGAGGAUGAGAGUGAGAAAACACCUGCAAAAAAAGUACGAAUCCUUUCUGAUGUUGAAGAGUCAGAUAGUGAUGCUGCUUCAGAGAAAUCUGACAAAAGGAAGAAAAAUAUUGUAUCAGAUAGUGAGGAAGAAGAAGAAGAAAGAAAAGAGAGUGCUGGGAAGAAAAAAGAAGAAAAAGAUCUAUUUGGCAGUGACAGUGAAUCUGGAAAUGAACAAGAGAACCUGAUUGCAGAUAUAUUUGGAGAGUCUGGUGAUGAGGAAGAAGAGGAGUUUACAGGGUUUAACCAGGAAGAUUUGGAGGAAGAGAAAGGUGAUGCAGACAUGAAGGAGACAGCAGAUGAAUCAGACUCUGAUGAUAACAUCAAAAGAGGGAAGCACAUGGACUUCAUGUCAGAUUUUGACAUGAUGCUGCAGAGGAAGAAGAGCAUGAGUGGCAAGCGGCGGCGAAACCGUGAUGGUGGAACUUUCAUCAGUGAUGCAGAUGAUGUGGUCAGUGCUAUGAUUGUGAAGAUGAACGAAGCAGCUGAGGAGGAUCGACAGCUGAAUACACAGAAGAAACCAGCUCUAAAGAAAUUAACUUUGCUGCCAACUGUAGUUAUGCAUCUUAAAAAGCAAGACCUCAAAGAAACUUUCAUUGAUAGUGGUGUUAUGUCUGCCAUCAAAGAGUGGCUUUCUCCUCUCCCAGACCGAAGUCUGCCAGCACUAAAGAUACGAGAGGAACUUCUGAAGAUCCUGCAAGAGCUGCCCAGUGUAAGCCAAGAGACCCUGAAGCACAGUGGCAUUGGACGAGCUGUGAUGUACCUCUACAAACACCCCAAAGAGUCAAGACCUAACAAGGAUAUGGCAGGGAAGCUGAUCAAUGAAUGGUCUCGACCCAUCUUUGGCCUUACCUCAAACUACAAAGGCAUGACAAGAGAAGAGAGGGAGCAACGAGAUUUGGAACAGAUGCCUCAGCGAAGGAGGUUGAGCAGCUCUGGUGGUCAGACUCCCCGCAGGGACCUGGAGAAAGUGUUAACUGGAGAGGAAAAGGCUCUCAGGCCUGGGGACCCCGGGUUCUGUGCCCGCGCAAGGGUGCCCAUGCCCUCCAACAAGGACUAUGUGGUCAGGCCCAAGUGGAAUGUGGAGAUGGAGUCAUCCCGGCCCGGGACUAUUAAGAGAGGUAUUAGUCGCUUGGAAAAACACAAGAGACGGUUUGCUGAACAGAAACGACUCAGCAAAGUGCAUCGGGCCAUCAAGUUCAGCAUUGAAGGCAACAGGAUGCCCCUGUAGCCAUGGCACUGCCUUCCCCAGGGCUGAGAGUUCCAGGGGACCUCUAAGAAAGGGGUGAGUCGACUGGACAAACAGAUGCGGAAAUUCACAGAUAUCAGGAAAAAAAGCAGAUCGGCCCAUGCAGUGAAAAUCAGCAUUGAGGGCAAUAAGAUGCCUUUGUGACCCUUCACAGAAUGCCCCAUGAGCUCUGCUGUAAGAGAAUACACACAUAGACUCUUUGGAGACCUUUAAAUUUUUUAACAGCUUGUUUGGGUUUUUUUAGUGAAUCUUGAAAUUGUUGGUUCAGGUUCUGAUACGUUGUCUGAGGACUGAAUAUGGGGACUUCUUUCUCCUGAUUGUAUUUAAACUUGCUCUAUUGUGUCCUUUGUACAGAUCACGUAUUUGUUGUAUUGCAACACUUUAGACAAUAAAACAUCUCUGUUUUUUU